AGAUAAUGGAUGUUCCGUCUGGGAAAGCGCGGUGUUGCGUCCCUUCUCGAUCUUCAAUCAUUACUUCUAGCACAAUUUUUACUUCCCCAACUGUGAUGGAGACAGUACCUGUUAGUUCAAGCAAUCCCAGAUCUCAUACGGAUCUUUUAAGCAAUCCCAGCUCUCCUACGGAUCUUUCCAUAACCUCAAGUCCUUUUCCAUCUAGUAUAAGCACAUUGGCUUCUAUUAUACCUAAAACAACCACAACAAUUUCUACUUAUCCCACUGGAAUCGCAUCAUCUGCAAAUAAAUCUACGAUAACAAACGAAAAUUUACCAAUAAUAAUAUCGAUAACGAUAUUUGGUACACUUUUAAUGGGAGCUCUGUUAUUCGCAUACAUUCGAUCCAGACAUAAACGACAACGCCAAAAUGCGCUUGCUACUGCAAUAAUAGCUGCUGAAGCUGGACUUGAUGAUAAUUGCAUUCGAAGUAUCGUCGUAAACGACGAUGAUGUGGAUACAGAUCACGUGAUCAACGUUGUCUCUAUAAGUGAAGGUGCAAAUCUCGAAAAAUCCAUGGACACACUUUUUAAACCUUGUUUAAAGAACAAUGAACAAAGUCUCAUUUUCCUUGUUUAG